UUUUUUUUUUUUUUUGAAAUAUAGUAUAAUGUAAUAAUUCUUGGCCUACUUAUCGCCCCUACUCAUUGCCAAUGUUAAUUUGUUUUAUUGGAAACGUUUAGAUAAACUAUUAAUAUUUAAACAACUACCCUAAAUAAUAAUAAUAUUAUUAUCUUUUAUUAUAUGUCAUAAUUUCAAUUAUUAUAAUACCAAAUAUUUAGAAGUGGUGAAGAAUAUUUACAAGGGCGAAGGUGCAGCCAACAAUGCCCAAAAAGUAGACUUCCUUUCAGCUUCUUCAUUUUCAGCAUCUGUUUCGAUAAGAAGAAGAACGAACCCUCUUCCCCCAAAUCCCCUUCUACGCGACUUUCAUCCAACAGGUAUCAUGAUUAAGCUGUUCAAAGUCAAGGAGAAACAGCGGGAGCUUGCUGAAAAUUCCAACGGGAAGCCUCCUGUUAAGAAGCAAAGUGCGGGCGAGUUGCGUCUCCACAAAGAUAUAAGUGAACUAAAUCUACCGAAGACGUGCAGCAUAUCUUUCCCAAACGGGAAAGAUGAUCUCAUGAACUUUGAAGUAACUAUUCGCCCUGAUGAUGGAUACUAUAUAGGUGGCACCUUUACAUUCACCUUCCAGAUAUCAUCCAUCUAUCCUCAUGAAGCACCAAAGGUCAAAUGCAAAACAAAGGUAUAUCAUCCCAACAUCGAUUUGGAUGGAAACGUGUGCCUCAACAUUCUCCGUGAAGACUGGAAGCCGGUCCUCAACAUAAACACCAUAAUCUAUGGCUUGUAUCAUUUAUUCACUGAGCCGAACCAUGAGGAUCCACUUAACCGAGAAGCAGCUGCGGUGUUGAGAGACAACCCAAAGAUGUUCGAAUCGAACGUUCGGAGAGCAAUGGCAGGUGGGUAUGUGGGCCAGACAUUCUUCACCAGGUGCAUAUAGAGGUAGCACAACCAUAGCCAGCCACAUGAGCAAUAAGAUGGGUUUAUGGUUUGUUUGUGGUUGGCAUAAAUGUCUUGGUUUAUUUAAACUGUGUACCAAAGGGUCUUUUUGAUUUUGGGGACAAAAUGCUGUGUUUGUAUGAUGCUCUUUUAAGUGUAACUUUGUUGGAUACCCAUUCUUUUGGGUCACUUGUCUUGUAAAACUAUGUGUUUCUUGGAAGAUAAAAGAUUAUGCUAUCUUUUACUCAUUAAAUUCAAACAAAGGUCCAAGGUUUGAUGCCA